GCUCCGCUUGCCUUCGGUCCCCGGCUCCCCGGCCCCUCUCCUCCCGCCCUCGCUCCCCUCCGUCCCGCCCCGUCCAGCCCCGGCUGCCCGGCGCCCGCAGGCCCCCCCCGCCGCCCGCGUUCCUAUGGACAGACGCACAGACACCUGCAGGAAAGACACUGCUGAUCCUGGAACAUGGAGGAUUGUCUUCAUACCUCAUCUGAGAAUCUGUCCAAGUUGGUCAGCUGGGCCCACAGCCAUGGGACCAUUUGCAGCCUCAUUCCAAACCUGAAACACUUGCUUUCAGAAGGUUCCCAUGGGAACCUGACAGCAAUGUGGGGCUGUAGUGCUGGCCAUGCUUAUCACUGGCCACUCACAGCUACUUGCAGAGCUGGGUCCCAAGAGAGAGUCUGUUUCCAGGAUAACAGAAGUUUCAACUCUGAUAGUCCCAGUAUAAUCGGGGUGCCUUCUGAGACACAGACUAGCCCUGUUGAAAGGUACCCUGGGAGACCAGUGAAAGCAAAGCUAGACUGUAACCGGACCAGAGACUCUUGCGAUUUCUCCUAUUGCAGUGAGCCCUCUGAACUGGAUGAAGCUGUUGAAGAAUAUGAAGAUGAGAACACCCUGUUUGACAUGGUUUGUGAGUCCUCUGUUACAGAUGAGGAUAGUGACUUUGAACCCCAAAACCAAAGGCCUCAAAGCAUUAGUCGCAAAAGGCCUGGAAUAGUCCCGUCUUCCCUCCAUUCAAGCUCCCAGGUGCAGAUGGUAGAUGAAUGCAGCAAUGAUGUCAUUAUCAAGAAAAUCAAACAAGAGAUUCCUGAGGAUUAUUACAUUGUGGCAAAUGCAGAGCUGACAGGAGGGGUUGAUGGACCAACCCUGUCAUUGACACAGAUGGCAAAACCCAAGCCUCAGACUCAUGCUGGUCCCUCCUGUGUCGGGUCUGCUAAGCUGAUUCCCCACGUAACAUCUGCCAUCAGCACGGAGCUAGACCCACACGGUAUGUCUGCAUCCCCCUCUGUGAUCUCCAGACCAAUCGUCCAGAAGACUGCUAGGGUAUCUCUGGCUUCGCCAAACAGAGGACCCCCGGGUGCCCAUGGCCAGCAGGUGGCCAUGCAGAUGCCUGUGAGCACAUCCCACCCUAACAAACAAAUCAGUAUCCCUUUGUCUGCCCUGCACCUGCCUGGACAGGAUGAGCAUGUUGCUUCUGAAGAGUUCCUGUCCCAUCUGCCCAGCCAGGUCUCCUCCUGUGAGGUAGCCCUUUCUCCCUCAGUUAACACAGAGCCAGAAGUGAGCUCCAGUCAGCAGCAGGCCCCAGUUGCUCCAACCAUAACCACUGAGGCCACAGCACAGUGCAUACCAGCUUAUUCUACUAAGCUCAACAAAUUUCCUGUAUUUAAUAUUAAUGAUGACUUGAAUGAUCUAUGUACCAGUGCAGUAAGCCCAAAUACUACCAAAGCCACGCGGUACGCCCUGAAUGUGUGGCGAUAUUGGUGCAUGACCAACGGGCUCAAAGAUCACACGGACAUCACCAAGAUCCCUGCAGUGAAGUUGAACGAGCUGCUCGAGAACUUUUAUGUCACCGUUAAGAAGAGUGACGGCUCAGACUUCCUGGCCACCUCACUCCAUGCCAUUCGCCGAGGCCUGGACCGCAUCCUGAAGAAUGCAGGUGUGGGCUUUUCCAUCACCAGCAGCACCUUCAGCUCUUCCACCAAGAAACUCAAGGAAAAGCUGUGGGUGCUGAGUAAGGCAGGCAUGUCGGGUGCCCGUUCGCGCAACAUCGUCUACUUCUCCAUUUCUGAUGAGGAGGAGAUGUGGCAGGCAGGGUGUCUGGGGGAUGACAGCCCUAUCACCCUCUUGUCCACUGUGGUCAAGUACAACAGCCAGUACCUGAACAUGCGGACACUGCAGGAGCACGCAGAUCUGAUGUAUGGUGACAUCGAGCUGCUCAAAGACCCACAAAACCAGCCCUACUUUGCCCGGACAGACAGUGUCAAGCGGGAGAGUCGGAGUGGUUCCACCCGAGUGUGUCAUGGGAAAAUCUACCACGAGCAUUCCAGGGGACACAAACAGUGCCCUUACUGCCUCCUCUACAAGUACAUGUACAUCCAUCGGCCACCCACCCAAAUGGAGGCCAAGUCCCCCUUCUACCUUACUGCCAGGAAGGAGGCUGCAGACAUGGGCAGUGUGUGGUAUGAGGAGCAGAGGAUGGGACUGCGGUCUCUUCGGGGAAUUGUCCCAAACUUAGCCAAGAAGGUCAAGCUGGAAAACUGUGAGAACUUUACUUUCGUCUCGUUUACUCAGGUCUCCAGGAGGCUUGGCUCCCACAGCUGCUGCCAGUGAGCCCAGCCCGGGUGCAGCCCCCUGCCCUGCUCAUCCUCUUAGGCCAGAGCUCCCCCAGGCAGCCAGGGCCGGAGUCAGCAGUCACCGGAGCUCUGAGAGGCAGGGGCUGACUGAGCAGGACUUCACUGUCAGGGUGGUCUCCAUCAGUGUGGCCCAUCAGUGUGGCCCGCUAGUCCUUUGACUUUGGGUUUGUUUUUUAAAUGAAAGUAGGUGAGUCUGAAUAAUUCAGAUGUUUUAUCCAAAUAUGUGUCACCUUUGUUAACUUUUAGAAUCUAACACAAUGUGUAAUUGCUACAUACAAGAGUGAGGAAAUUCAUUUUAUCUAGUGCCUUUUUAGCACAGGUUUUCUCAAAAAAAAAGAAAAGAAAAAAAACAAAACAAAAAAGGAAACUGUUUAAGUAGUC